CUCCUCCCACUUUCACAGUUUCACAAAGCAAAACCAGCAGCAGCCUAACCCUAUGGUUCUCCAAUGACCACGUUCACCAACUCGGCGAGUCGACUCACUCUCCCCUACCAACCAACCCCUCUCAAUUCCCAGAUCCCUCAAAACCCACUAAAGAACCCAUCUAACCCAUCUUCCACAAUCCCUAAUGACCUCCACAUAGCCCAAAAUGUUAAACCCCAUCAAAACCCCAACUCUCCUUCACGUCAGAACCCUCCAAUCUCUAUUGGGUCCUCACCAUUUUCCCAAACUCUCAUCAAGAACCAAGCUUUUCACCCAUCCCUGUCACUCCUCCCCAAACCCUUUCCCAAACUUGGUCUCCAAAAUCUGUGACAUUUUGAGUGACCCCAAAUGGGAAAAAAGCUCAGAGCUUUUGGGUCUGAUCCACAAUCUCAGAACCUAUCACAUGUUGAAGAUUAUUCAGACUCACAGGAACACAGACUCGGCUUUGAGAUUCUUCUUCUGGGUUUCGAGGAGAAAACCUUACAAGCAUGACAUGAGCUGCUUUGUUUCAAUGCUGGAUAGGCUUGUGAGGGAGAAGCUUUUCGGGCCGGCAGACCAUGUAAGGCUUUUGCUUGUUAAAGCUUGUAGGAAUGAGGAAGAGCUUAAAUGGGUGAUUGGGUAUUUGAAUGAAAAGAAAAGAACUGGUUUUGGGUUUACAUUGUAUAGUUUCAAUACGCUUUUGAUUCAGUUGGGCAAGUUUGAGAUGGUUAGUGAAGCUCAAAAUGUGUAUAAUGAGAUACUAAGUAGUGAGGUUAAGCCGAGUCUGUUGACAUUUAAUACUAUGAUCAAUAUAUUGUGCAAGAAGGGCAAGGUUCAGGAAGCAGAGUUGAUUUUGAGCAGGAUUAUGCAGUAUGAAAUGUUGCCGGAUGUUUUUACUUAUACAUCGUUGGUUCUUGGGCAUUGUAGAAGUGGUAACUUAAAUUUGGCAUUUGAGGUUUAUGACCGGAUGGUGAAGGCAGGUUGUGACCCGAAUUCAGUUACGUACUCAACACUUAUUAAUGGGUUAUGCAAUGAGGGGAGGGUGGAUGAGGCACUGGAUAUGCUUGAUGAAAUGAUAGGGAAGGGGAUUGAACCCACAGUUUAUACUUACACUGUCCCAAUUACUUCACUUUGUGAGGCAAAUCGACCAUUGGAAGCAAUCAGGCUUUUCGGAAGUAUGACGAAGAGGGGUUGCUGUCCGAAUAUUCAUACUUAUACAGCAUUGAUCAGCGGGUUGUCUCGGACAGGGAAACUCGAAGUUGCUAUUGGACUCUAUCACAAACUGUUGAAGGAUGGUAUGGUUCCAAGCAUGGUUACCUUCAACACAAUUAUGAAUGAAACAAUUGAGGCAGGAAGAUAUGACAUGGGUCUGAAGAUUAUUUAUUGGAUGGAGAGACAUGGUUAUGGUAUCUCGGAAAAUACCCGAACACACAAUCAUAUCAUCAAGGGCUUAUGCUUGAUGGGUAAGAUUCACAAUGCGAUGGCUCUUUUAAGCAAAAUGCUUAAAGUGGGACCGUCUCCAAAUGUGAUUACAUAUAACACAUUGAUCAAUGGAUACCUCAAUAGAGGUAAUCUAAACAAUGCUCUGAGGUUAUUAGAGUUGAUGAAAGGGAGAGGAUGUAAACUAGAUGAGUGGACAUAUACCGAAGUUAUUUCUGGGUGUUGCAAGGCGCACAAGUCUGAAUUUGCAUUUAAUCUUUUCCAUGAUAUGUUAAAACAGGGCAUUAGCCCAAAUCAGGUCACUUACAACGUUUUGAUUGUUGGAUGCUGUAAUGAGGGGAAGGUAGAUGCUGCCUCGUCAUUUUUCAAGCAAAUGGAAGAGAAUGGUUGCUCUCCAGAUAUUGAAAGCUACAAUGCCAUUAUACAUCGUUUGUCAAAAGACAAUCAAUUUGCUAAAGCCAAGCAACUGUGUAAAAAGAUGGUGGAUCAAGGACUGCUUCCGAAUGUCAUUACCUACACAUCUUUAAUUGAUGGCCUCUGUAAGAAUGGUAGUACUGACCUUGCGUUCAGGAUUUUCCAUGAAAUGAGAGAAAGAGAUUGCUUGCCGAACUUGUACACUUAUAGUUCACUUGUUUUUGGGUUAUGUCAGGAAGGCAAGGCUGAUGAUGCUGAGAGGUUACUUGAAGAAAUGGAGAGGGAAGGAUUGGUUCCUGAUGUGGUAACAUUUACCACGCUCAUUAAUGGUUUUGUUAUGCUUGGUAGGCUAGAUCAUGCAUUCUUACUUCUUAAGCGAAUGGUUGAUGUUGGCUGCAAACCCAACUAUUUUACUUUUACUGUGUUGGUCAAAGGGUUGCAAAGGGAAAGUCAGUUACUCACAGAAAAGGUUGUGGGCCUUGUCGCGCAACAUGAAGCACAGUGUGGUUCCAGCUCUGACAAGAGAUUCAACUUUUUUGAGAUAUUAUGUAAUCUCCUAGCUAGGAUGUCAGAGAAUGGAUGUGAACCAACUAUUGAUACCUACAGUAUUUUAGUGAGAGGCUUGUGUGAAGAUCGCAAAUAUGAUGAAGUAGAUCAGUUGGUGGAGCAUAUGAAAGAGAAAGGCCUGUAUCCCAGUGAAGAGUUUUACAGGCCUCUAUUCUUUGCUCAUUGCAAAAACUUAAAACUGGACUCUGCUCUGGAAAUCUUUGGCUUGAUGGCAGAUAGAGGCUUUAAGGUUAACUUUUCAACCUAUACAGCACUUAUUUGUGCUCUCUGCAGGGCAAAACGGAUGGAAGAAGCUGAAACGUUGUUGAAAAGUAUGCUAGAAUGCCAGUGGAAUGCUGAUGAGAUUGUUUGGACUGUAUUAAUCGAUGGGUUACUGAAAAAAGGGCAGUCAGAUCCAUGCAUGCAGCUUCUUCAUGUUAUUGAAUCUCAAAACUGCAGUCUCUGGGUCGAGACAUAUGCUAUCUUGGCCAGAGAACUUUCUCAUGUAAACAAAACUAUGGCGACUUCUCAAAUUGCUGACAGAGCGAUAGAUUUAGAAGUACAUUGAUCAUGGUUUCAUUAUACACAUGAAGACACAAAGCAUUCUGUGGUCUUCAGGAGGAGAUCUGGUAAAUGAGAUCCAUUGCCAACAAAUCCAAAUGAAACCUUUUUCCGCCUGAGCUAUUGAUAUUCUUCAUCUGUGACCAGUUUGCAGCUUGCUCAUACAUAAAUGUUGAUGGUUGGGUGCACCAUGCACCAAUUGGGUAUUUCUGGUAGUUGGCUUCGGGUGUUCUGUGCAUAGCAAAGUGUCAAAAUUACGGCUUCGCCACGUGGCACGAUAAAGAAAGGUGAUGCAGCUUGGAUGUUCUCAUCGGAAAGCUUCCUAAUAACUUAUGACAAGAAGAUGUUAAGCCCCAGAGUUGAGAACUACUGCUAGAUGUACAACUCGAAUUCUUGGGUCAAGAUGAGCUCAAGUUCAGUAGUCUCUGUAAGUAAAGGGGAAAAAUUACCUACAUCAAUAAGAGAAAGGUAAAGUUCCCAAUGAACAUAAUACAAAGGUCACUACGUCCUGCUAUGGUGUUGGCUUUUUGACUACCACCUAGCUAAAAGCAUAAUUUCCCAUAUACUGUAUUCCACAAUUGGAUGAAGUUUUCUCCUUUUCUUAUCGUGUCAGUGGCCUCUUGAAUCUUUGUGACUCUGUGGGCAUUCUUUGUUGGGGAAAUGAUCAUUUACCCAAUUUCAGCUUAAAAAUUGUCCACUUGCUCCCCCAACAGUUUUUUAACCCCAUUUACCCAAAACACUCUAAGGGAUUAUUUCCCUAAUACCCAAUUAAUUCUUUUUUUAUUCUUUUUAUUUAUUUUUGGGACUUUUUUGCCCUUUCCUUCUUUCUCACUUAGAGAGAGAAGUCAUCCUCCACCUUGCUGUGCACCGGUGACCAGUGGCCGGCCGCGGUCUCCGGUGACCGGAGUCCGGCGUCCAGUGACCGGAAUCCGACAACCAGUCACCGGAAUCCCGAAUCCGACUGCCGGACUGGUGACCGGAUUUCGUCGUCUGAUUUUAUUACCCCCUAAUAAUUAUAUUAUUGCUCCCCAAUAAUCAUAUUAUUGCUCCCCAAUAAACUUGUUAUUGGGGAUCAAUAAUUAGUGAAAAAUGAAGAUGUUUUGAAUUUUGAAAGCUUUCGGAGGUUUAUCCAAAUAAAUAAUCUUAUUAUUGCCUCCCAAUAAUCUUAUUAUUGCCCCAGUAAACAUUUUAUUGCCCCUCAGUAAUCUUAUUAUUGUCUUCCAAUAAUCUUAUUAUUGCCAACUAAAUCAUAAUAAAAAAAGCAAUCACUACUGGAAAAAUAAAAUUUGACCAGCUAGGAAAUGUAGUGGGUAGCAAAAAAAAAAAAAAACUAGAAACUGAUUUGGGCACCCUGUAAAGCUUUGGGCACCCAAUCACCAUCUUCGGCGGCACCGUGGCUUCGUCUCCGGCUUCUGAAGGCUAUACGUCGGUCGACGUUCGGGUCUGGACGACGAGUCGGUCGUUUUAUAAGCCGUCUAUCGCUCUUGGAGGCUGAAGAAGCUCCAGCGCCGGCUCCGAUCGCUGUAAUUUCGAGUCAGCCACAUCGGGCGUUUGGGUGGGUUGCGGAUCUGCUAAGGAACGACAAAGCCUCCAUGGAUGGACGCCCCCGUCCAGUCCCCAACGCCGUCCAAUCCCCAACGCUUAGCUCCUGACGAAUCGGUGUCCAAUCCUCGUCCGGCAAAGACUGUAGUGAACUCGGCGUCUUCGAGUCGAGUCGACGGAGGUGGUGGUCACCUGCUCAGUUGACGUGACAGGGGGGGAGAGAAAGAGAGAGAGAGAUCCGGCGAAGACUGCAGUGAACUUGGCGUCUUCGAGUCGACGGAGGUGGUGGUCACUUUGCUCAGUUGACGUUACAGGGGG